GUGAGCCGUUUCAGUUGAUUUGUGCAUAUACUGCAUAUAUACAAAGUUCCUGAUAUUUUACAUUUUAUAAGUAAAAAACUAAAAAAAAUAUAAAAUUCAAUCAUUAUACAUUAGUAACGCUGAUGGCUAAUAUGCUCACCCGUCUGCGUCACGCAAGAUCAUUCUGCACAAUCCCAACCUAUGAAGCAGGACCUCGAAUCUACUCGUGUAAAGUGCGGAACAAAAUACCGCUAGAGUUACCAACCAGCCCCGCCCUGACAACGUCCUACACCUGUGGUCCAACGGUGUACGACUCGGCACACAUUGGUCAUGCCAGCUGUUAUGUGCGAGUCGAUAUACUGCAGCGUAUCCUUAAGCAGCACUUUCGGGUGAAUCUCGUGACGGCUAUGAACAUCACCGAUAUCGACGAUAAAAUUAUCCGACGCGCCAGCGAACAGGGCAAACCUUGGCAAGAACUCUCUCGCCACUACGAACAGGAGUUCUGGUCAGACCUCAGGCGAUUGAACGUUCAGACACCGGACAUCAUUCUGCGUGUCACCGAUCACAUUCCUGCCAUUGUUGCAUUUAUCGAUAAGCUACUGUCCACCGGAUAUGCGUACAAAUCUACCGAUGAUUCGAUAUACUUCGAAACAUCGAAGCACCCACAGUACGGGAAAUUGCAGAACAUUCCCUCCGAAGAAGGUCCUGCCGUGGGUAAGAAAAGUGCUGCUGAUUUCGCACUCUGGAAAGCGUCCAAACCAGGAGAACCCUUCUGGGAGUCACCGUUCGGUCCAGGUCGUCCAGGUUGGCAUAUCGAGUGCUCCACGCUGGCAACGCAAAUAUUCGGAAGCCGGCUUGAUUUUCAUGCUGGUGGCUUAGACUUACGGUUUCCUCACCACGAAAACGAAGAAGCACAGAGUUGCUGCUACCAUCAGGUUCAGGAUUGGGUCCGUUAUUGGAUACACACCGGUCAGCUCCAUCUGGAGGGCCAAACGCAUAAGAUGUCUAAGUCACUGAAGAAUACCGUCAGCAUUCGAGAGCUAUUGGAUGGAUAUUCCGCAGAUGAAUUUCGGAUGCUUUGCCUUUUGUCACACUAUCGUAGCGUAAUUGAAUAUGGAACUGACACAAUGGCGAUCGCGACUAAUGUGCUAAAAAAGCUGCGAUCGUUUAUCAAAGAUUCCAAAGCAUAUGUUGCGGGUAUCAAACCAGCUACUUCUAUCGAUGCGGUCCUACUGCAGACAAAGCUAGCCGAAGUGGACAAAAAAGUGGACGAAUUUCUGUGCAAUGACUUCAACACUGCCAACGCUGUGACAAGCCUGGCAGACUUGGCUUCGGUUGUAAAUAAAUCGAUAAACCAGCGAACAUCCGAACUAGUGUCGGCAUCCGAAAGUGGAGCUGUGCAGGGUGCCAUGAACUACAUUCGAGAUAAACUGGCGCUGUUUGGUCUGCAGUCAUUUGUCGACGAUGCAAAAGUGACUGCUACUGAUAAUCAGAGUGGACAAUCCGUGGAGCAUUUGAUCGAAGCACUCGUGAAGCUUCGAAGUACCGUGCGCAGGAAAGCGAUGGAGACCAAAGAUCGAACUUUGUUCGACAUUUGCGAUCAGAUGAGGGACGAACUAAAGCUGCUCAACGUGGAGGUUAAAGAUCAUGGAAAGCUGACUUCAUGGAGUUAUGUUACGCGCAGAAAAUUUCUCAUAUUUACAAACCUUGCAACGCAACUUGGGCAUGAAUUACGAAAUUUAUUCUGUUGUUAAGUUCACUGAAUGAAAGGGGCGAAUGGGGGAACAAACUUUUAUGAGAUUAACUUCUGCGCAGCAGCACAGUACAGUCUUAACCGCUCGAUGGCAGCCGUUUACUUCAAUUUAUCUUCAAUAUCCUUCAGUCGACAUUUAAUUUCCGGAGCAGCAUCCUUCUGAAGCAGCGUGGAGAUCUGCUCAAACGUUUGCCGUACCAUUGCCAACUCGGGACCCACCUUUGGUGGGCAAUCCUUCGCCUUCAGCUUAUUAAUCAAGAUCAGCAUAAUGUUCAGAGCUUCUUUCUUUAACCCGGUAUGGGGAAUUCCUACAAUGAAUAACCGACGCUUCAUAAAACAAAAACCACCACAUUUCAGUCCAGUACUAACCUGCCACUUCAACGAUCGCUGACAGCACCGUCUUGCAGAUGUUCUCCAAAAUAGCUUCCGUACUUUCGGCCUCGACCUUAGCCUUUUUCUCCUUGUUCGCCUCCACCUGCGGUGAUGUCGGCUCCUUCUUUAGCAAGUGCAAACGUUCCAAAAACCUCCCCAACGAUUGUAGCAAACAAAUCUGCACCUGUCUGGUGUUCAGCUUCAAACACUGAACGCAUUUCUGAACGAACCGCACCUGAUAACGUUCUUGCGUUUCCAUCGAGUGCUCGGGCCAAGCUUUUCCCAGCGUUUCGCAAACCGUCUCUUUAAGGUUCACAAAAAUCAACAUCUGCUUGUUCUUUUCAUCUGACGACACCAACUCUUUAUCGUCCUUAUCACCAUCCGAGAGGUCCUGUUUAUCAAGCAAAUGCCAAACCAUAUUGUAAACCUCCUCGAACCGGUCUUCCUUCAGCUCGUCCAAUAUGUUACCCAACGAUUUCAAAGCAUGUGUCCGAUAGACAGGCUCUUCUUUGCGGCAUUCUUUCAUGACAGCGUCUAUGAUUCGAGUGUAGUGAUUGGUGUCUUUCUUCAAAUUCUUACACAAGCUGGCCAACGCCUGUAGAAGUUUUUCCUU